CGUUGCUUUGGUUUACUGUUGUCAUCGCAAGGAUGGAGAAGUUACGCGAACAUUUUUCCAGGAUUCGAGUUCCUAAAGGCGGGGACAAAGUGUACAAGGAUGAGUGCAUGUUCUCCUUUGAUACCCCGGAGACUGAGACAGGGCUUUAUGUUUGCCUGAACAGUUUCUUUGGGUGGAGCAAGGAAUACGUUGCCAAGUACUCAGAACGUUCAGGAAAUUGUGUUUUCUUACACAUUAAGAGAAUCAAAAGAGAGCUUCCCCCAGAGAAGGAACCAGAGCCUGACAAAAAAAUAGCCCGCUUGGCAAUUGGUGUUGAAGGUGGCUUCAAUCCUGAUGCAAACAAGAAGAAAUUUGAAUAUGAAGACACUAACUCUGUUGUGAUUCUUCCGGCCUUUGAUGUCGUACCCCUACCAAAUCCUGAGCUCCCAGAGCUUGUACAGCAGAGCAUUAAUGGAGUACUGAAAGCAGAGUCUGCCUUGCAUUUAGCAGAAGUAGAGGCUGCCGCAGGUGCCUGGGAUGGUGAGAUACGGCAAGUCACCAAACAUGCUGACAACCUACAACAGCUUGACAACGGGAUUAAGAUACCACCAAGUGGUUGGAAAUGUGAAGAAUGUGACAAGACUGAUAACUUGUGGCUGAAUCUCACAGAUGGUAAGAUUCUCUGUGGCAGACGGCAACUAGAUGGAUCAGGAGGAAAUAACCAUGCUGUAGAGUACUACCAGAAAACAAAAUAUCCACUAGCAGUGAAGCUUGGGACCAUCACCCAAGACGGCAAUGCCGAUGUUUACAGUUAUGAUGAAGAUGACAUGGUUUUGGAUCCUAACCUUGUGAAGCAUUUAGCUCACUUUGGUAUAAAUGUCAAAGUUAUGGAGAAGACAGAGAAGACCAUGUUGGAGCUAGAGAUUGACUACAAUCAGCGGGCCUGGGAAUGGUCUCGCCUCACGGAGUCUGGGACAAAACUCCUCCCCAAAUUUGGCCCAGGUUACACAGGAAUGAAAAAUCUCGGCAACUCAUGCUAUGUGAAUUCUGUAAUGCAAGUGCUGUUCACUGUACCGAACUUUGUGGAGCGGUACUUUGCGAAUGGUACAAAUAUCUUACAAGGUUACCAGGGAAAUAAUCCAGCUGAUGAUUUCAACAUUCAGAUGUUCAAACUUUCCCAUGGCCUUCUGUCUGGAAGGUACUCAGUUACACCUCCCAGCAUCAACUUAGAAGAAGCUGUUGAUACAGAUGACCUGCAGCCAGGUAUAUCUCCUGUCAUGUUUAGAACCUUAGUUGGGAGAGGACAUGCAGAAUUCUCAACCAAGAAGCAGCAAGAUGCAAUGGAGUUCCUUGAACACAUCUUGAAGAUGACCUCAUGUAACUCAGCAGGAGUCACAGACCCAGGAAACUGUUUUAAAUUUGAGGUUGAGGAUAAGUUUGUAUGCAGUGCCAGCAAUAAGGUCCGUUAUGUGACAAGGCCUGACCAGUACCUACCGCUCCCAGUACCUGUUGAUGAGGCUGUCAACAAAGAGGAGGUGGCAGCCUAUCAAACCCGCAAAGCAGAAGCCCAAGCUUCACAAGUGGUCAUGCAACCAGAGGAGCAGGUACGAGCAAAGAUACCCUUUGAUGUUUGUCUAUCCAAGUUGGCUGCCCCUGAAGAAAUCCUUGCAUUUAGUUCCGCAGCAGAGAAAGAGGUUCCUAUGCAGAAGAUUACACGCCUCAGGACAUUCCCAGAUUACCUAGUCAUUCAGCUUGUCAAAUUUGGCAUCGGUCAAGAUUGGGUCCCAAUGAAGUAUGAUGUAUCCAUUGACAUGCCAGAAGUUCUGGACUUGUCUGUUUUAAGAGGGUUUGGACUGCAAGCAGGUGAAGAGGAGCUUCCAGAAACUACUGCUCCUCCCCCCAAAGAACCAGAAAUAGAUGCAGGUAUUGUCCAACAGUUAGCAGAAAUGGGAUUCCCAUGGGAGGCGUGUAGGAAAGCUGUUCACCUUACUGGGAACAAUGGAACAGAGGCUGCCAUGAACUGGGUCAUGGAGCACAUGGGUGACCCAGACUUUGCUGACCCUCUUGUCAUUAAGACUGACGCAAAGACAGGUAAUGAUACUUUCACUGCAAAUGAAGAGGGACUUGGAAUGCUGAUGUCCAUGGGAUUCACACGAGAGCAGGCAACUUUAGCUCUUAAAGAAACCAGCAAUAAUCUAGAACGUGCAGCAGAUUGGAUAUUUUCACACCAACAUGAACUUGAUUCGCUUUUAGCGGCACAGAGUGGUGCUGCUGCUCCUCCCCCACAAAAGCCAAACUACACUGAUGGAGAACCUAAAUACGAGUUGACAGCAUUUAUCAGCCACAUGGGAACCUCCAUCUUUGUUGGCCACUAUGUCUGCCACAUUAAGAAAGAUGGAGAGUGGACAAUCUUCAAUGACAAUAAAGUCUCAAAAUCUGCAGAUCCCCCCUUGGACCUUGGUUAUAUAUACCUAUAUAAACGUGUAAAUAAUUAGGGACUGGUGGUAUGAAUUUCAGAAUCUGUAGCAGGAAGUAGGUAGUGGCCAUUUUGAACAUUUCAUUAUUGUACCAAGUGCAGACCUAUACCAGAGGGAGGAUGAAAGGAGGAUGAAUAGCAGAUAGCUUAAGGAGUUUCACAAAAGAUUUUUUAUGAGAAUCUUCUUAGAGACUGAGUGUCAUGUACCAAUUACUUGGAUGUUUUAUGCAUUUCCCUUGUUUUUUCAGUUUAAGGAUUUGUUCUACUUCAUAUUGGUUUUAUGUUCUUGAGGCCAGGGUUCUAUGCAUUUUAAUUCUACUUUUCCAAGUUUCAUUUGUCCUCAAGACUGACAUGUUAAAAAGAAUAUUUGCUCUGUUUUCAGAGGAGAAAGAGCACUACACAUCACAUUAUGCAAAGAAAAAGGUUUAUGACUUAACCAAAUAAGAGGCCUUACAUUUUCUUAAGAGAUAUGCAAUAUAUAAAGUAAACAGAAUGUGAUAUAUAUAAAUAUAUGGACAUAA